AUGGCUCGCACGCGAGGCGGUGCGUUCGGGGGAGAUGCACCCGGAGCCUCAUUUUGGGGUAGACGUCGACCACGAGGUCGAGGUAGGGCUGCAGCACGUGCCCGGGAUAUGGAGGAGGAGCCUCAUGCAGCGCAUAUAUUAGCAGCUAUUGGGGAUAUGAGACAGGCACCAGCACCAGCAGUACCAGCACCAGCGCUGCAAGAUCAGCCGCCACCAGUUCAUGUGGCCGCCCCACCAGACUUAGAGGUUAGAGAGAUGCCACUGCGGGAUCAGAAGAUGCUUGGGGUAUUUCAGAGGUUGGCACCGCCUAUAUUCUCAGGGGCGAUAGGAGAGGACGCUCAUGAGUUCCAACUCACUUGCCAGGAGCAGUUACAGUCAUUAGGCCUUUUGGAGUCGAGAGGAGCUGACUUUAUCGCUCAUCAGUUCCGUGGGCCAGCCAGGCAGUGGUGGCGCACGUAUCGAGAGUCUAGGCCAGUUGGAUCUCCUCCUAUAUCUUGGAGUGAGUUCUCAGAGGCUUUCUUGGCCCGGUUCAUGCAACGGAGCGUCAGAUAUAGGCUUCGUGAUCAGUUCUCUAGAUUGGAGCAGGGAUCUAUGACCGUUUCAGAGUAUGAGGCGAGGUUCCAUGAGUUGUCUCGCCAUGCUACUAUGAUCCUGCCCACAGAGGGAGAGAGAGUUCGUUGUUUUGUACGUGGGUUGCGAUACCGUUUGAGGGUUGACACAGAGCAUAUGGUUUCAGCUGGCCGUUCUUUUCUUGAUGUGGUCGAUCAUGCCCGAUCCAUGGAGCAUAUUCAUCGUGAGGCCCAAGGGGGCAGCGAUAAGAGGGCACGCUACCAGGGCAGCUAUAGCGAGUCGCAGACUAGGGGGAGGGACUCAUAUGAUAGGCCACGUCAGAGGUUCCAGCAGGGUCAGACCAGUCGGCCUGUUCACGCGGCAUUACCUGUUUCUGAGGGAGGCCAAUAUCAGCAGAGUGGUCUUAGUACAGGCCAGAAUUCGAGGGGAUCAGAUUCUUUUCCUUCAUGCCGCGGUCGGGUUACUACAGGGCGUUCAACUUCGGGGUGUUAUGAUUGUGGUGCUCUUGACCAUUGGUCUAGAGAAUGCCCCCGGAGAGGUCAGGGGGCGAUUGUACCAGCUCCACCUACUUCUAAACCAGUUUCAGCCGUGUCUUCUUCGGCUAGAGGAGGUGGUCAGAUUCAGGACCGUCGCGAGAGUCGACAGGGUACCAGGGGUGGAGCUCGGGGAGGCAGGUUAGGUGGUAGACCGGGUGCACCAGGUAGAGGUGCUCAGGGCCAUUUCUAUGCUGCCCCGACAAGGGCGACGGCUGAGGCAUCUGACGAUGUCCACUCAGGUACGCUCUUCUUGUGUCAUCAGCCUGCUACAGUAUUAUUUGAUCCAGGGUCCACAUUCUCGUAUGUAUCUAUUUAUUUUGCUCCCCGAUUAGGUAUGAGGUCCGAGUCUUUGGUAGAGCCGAUUCAUGUUUCGACCCCGAUAGGUGAGUUCUUAGUAGUGGAUCAAGUAUUGCGAUCUUGCUUAGUGACUAUCCAGGGUUAUGAUAAUAGAGCUGAUCUUAUUAUGCUGGAUAUGAUUGAUUUUGAUGUGAUUUUGGGCAUGGACUGGCUAUCCCCAUAUCAUGUGGUCUUAGAUUGCUAUGCCAAGACUGUUACCUUAUCCAUGCCUGGUGUUCCCCCGGUAUUGUGGCAGGCUGCUUAUAGUCACACACCGACGGGGAUAAUCUCUUUUAUUCGAGCUAGGCGGUUGGUUGCUUCUGGGUGUUUAGCGUAUUUGACCCACAUCAGAGAUGUGAGUAGGGAGGGCCCUUCAGUUGACUCAGUUCCUGUGGUUAGAGAGUAUGCAGAUGUGUUCCCUACAGAUCUACCUGGCUUACCCCCAGAGCAUGACAUUGAUUUUGCUAUAGAUUUGGAGCCUGGCACUCAUCCUAUUUCUAUUCCGCCUUAUCGGAUGGCUCCUGCAGAGCUCAGAGAGCUCAGUGUUCAGUUAAAGGACCUCUUAGAAAAGGGGUUCAUUCGUUCGAGUGUGUCGCCUUGGGGUGCUCCUGUUCUGUUUGUGAAAAAGAAGGAUAGGACUUUGAGGAUGUGCAUUGACUACAGACAGCUGAACAAGGUGACGGUGAAGAACCGUUGCCCUAUGCCUCGUAUAGAUGAUUUGUUUGAUCAGCUUCAGGGUGCCGUCGUAUUUUCUAAGAUUGAUUUGUGGUCCGGGUACCAUCAGCUGAGGAUUAGAGCAGCAGACAUCCCUAAGACUGCAUUUAGGACUCGUUAUGGCCAUUAUGAGUUCCUUGUGAUGUCUUUUGGGUUGACUAAUUCCCCAGCCGCCUUUAUGGACUUGAUGACACGUGUGUUCAGGCCAUAUCUUGAUUCAUUUGUUAUCAUCUUCAUUGAUGACAUAUUGGUAUACUCGCGGAGCCGGAGUGAGCAUGAGCAGCAUUUGAGGAUAGUGCUCCAGAGUUUGAGAGAUCAGCAGCUUUAUGCCAAGUUCUCAAAGUGCGAGUUUUGGCUUGCGUCUGUAGCAUUCUUGGGGCAUGUGGUGUCCAAGGAGGGUAUUAGGGUAGAUCCGACGAAGAUUGAAGCUAUUCGUGAUUGGGACAGACCCACUUCUGUUACUGAGGUUCGUAGCUUUGUCGGGUUAGCGAGUUACUACAGGCGUUUUGUUGAGGGCUUUUCUACUAUUGCAGCUCCUUUGACUCGGUUGACUCGCCAGGAUAUUCCCUUUGUGUGGUCGGAGGAGUGUGAGAUGAGCUUUCUGAAGCUCAAGGAGUUGCUUACUAGCGCUCCUAUAUUGACUCUUCCGAUUGAGGGCGAGGGUUUCACGAUUUAUUGUGAUGCGUCUGGUGUUGGUGUGGGUUGUGUAUUGAUGCAGCAGGGCCGGGUUAUUGCGUAUGCGUCGAGGCAGCUUAAGGUCCAUGAGCGCAACUACCCCACCCAUGACUUGGAGUUGGCAGCGGUAGUUUUCGCGCUUAAGAUUUGGAGGCACUACUUGUAUGGAGUUCGAUGUGAGAUCUAUACUGACCACAAGAGUCUUCAGUACAUCAUGACCCAGAGGGACCUUAAUUCAAGGCAGCGUCGUUGGAUUGAGCUCCUGAAGGAUUAUGAUCUCUCCAUUCUCUAUCAUCCGGGCAAGGCGAACGUGCUAGCAGACGCCUUGAGCCGAAAGGCGGUGAGUAUGGGUAGUCUAGCCUUCUUAUCUGCAUGUGAAAGACCCUUGGCUUUGGACAUUCAGUUUUUAGCCAAUAGCAUGGUUCGAUUAGAUAUAUCAGAUUCUAGACGCGUCUUGGCUUAUAUGGGAGUUCAGUCUUCUUUGUAUAAUAGAAUCCGUGGUUGUCAAUUUGAGGAUAAGGCCCUGGGGUCCCUUAGAGAUCGAGUGUUAGCGGGUAAUGGUGAUCAGGCUACCUUAGAUCCUGAUGGAGUGUUGAGAUGCGCUGGUCGCAUUUGUGUCCCGAGAGUUGGAGAUUUGAUACAGUUGAUACUUUCGGAGGCUCAUGAGUCUAGAUAUUCUAUCCAUCCGGGUACAGCGAAGAUGUAUCGUGAUUUCAAACAACAUUACUGGUGGAGUGGC